AUGCUUCGUAACGUAGCUAAGACUACUCUGCGCCGUGGCUUGCAUACCGCGCGCUCAAAUGGCGCAACUGCAGCUGCUAGCGCGUCGCGACACCGCGUCGCACUGGCGCUGGGAACUUCUGCAUCCGUGGCUGGCUACCUUGCAUACCAACUUCAGUCUGGGACCCCUAAAAUUGCGAACGAUGCGAUACACAGCGAGAAAUUGAACAAGACGCCGUCAUCGCCGACAGAGUCCCUCGUCGACAAGGCUCUUGACAAGCCUGUGGAAGCCGUCAAGGAGGCAACCUCUGCUGUUGCGGGAGGUGAUGCGCCAGCACCGAGUGGAGAGGAGGCUGAAGGGGAGGAGGGCUCGACCCAGCAGGGCGCCUACGACCCUGUGACCGGAAAGAUCAACUGGGACUGCCCCUGCUUGGGAGGCAUGGCGUACGGUCCCUGUGGUCAGCACUUCAGGGAGGCAUUCUCGUGCUUCAUCUUCUCGGAGGCGGAGCCUAAGGGUAUUGACUGCGUGGAUGCAUUCAAGGCCAUGCAGCAGUGCUUCCGCGACAACCCUGAGGUCUAUGGAGAGGAGAUUCUCGGGUCGGAUGACGACGACGAGGACUUUGCGGCCGCACCUUCCGACAGCACACCGCCAACUGCUAGCGCCACAACAACUGAGGACGCUUCUGCGAAGCCAGCUGCUGGUGCCUCUACCGGUGCAACCGGAGCUCCUUAG